AUGUCAUGGUGGGACUAUGGUUACCAGAUAGCAGGCAUGGCAAACCGUACCACUCUGGUGGACAACAAUACCUGGAACAAUAGCCACAUUGCUCUUGUUGGUAAGGCCAUGUCCUCCAAUGAGACCUCAGCUUACCGUCUCAUGCAAUCACUCGACGUGGACUACGUGCUAGUCAUUUUUGGCGGAUUUACCGGCUACUCUGGCGACGACAUCAACAAAUUCCUGUGGAUGGUUCGCAUUGCCGAGGGCGAGCACCCCACGGAGAUUCGUGAGAAUGACUACUUUACUGCUCAGGGUGAAUACCGGGUCGAUCACCAGGCGCCCAAGACUUUCACCAGCUCGCUGAUGUACAAAAUGAGCUACUACCGUUUCGGAGAGCUCAAAUUGGACCCCCGCAUGCCCUCGGGCUUUGAUAGGACUCGAAAUGUGGAGAUUGGUCAGAAGAACAUUGAGCUGCGCUACCUGGAGGAGGCUUUCACCUCGGAGCACUGG